AAUCGAGGUUUGCUAGGUCCAGCAGAUUUUAGAGUGCGCAUCCGGGCCCGCAGCACAGUGCUGUUUGCGGCAACUGGUGCAGGACCAUGGUGGACCAGAUGAUCAGCAGUCAGUUGGGCUCCCUGAACACUGCUGCCCCAGCGGGGCCAGUGUGGCGAGAACCGAAACAAUUGGAGCAGAUGAAGGACAUGGAAGAGGGCAAAAAGGAGUCGGAUGAGCUGGCGCCCAUGUAUGUCGAAGGGCGAACAGUGCAACUGGACCAUCAAACCUGGAGACAGCGAGCUCCAAUGUUGGUGGGUGGUCUUCUUUUGCUUGGCCUGGUGGUUGUCCUGACGCAGAUGCCGGGAGGAAACACUGGCACGCCAGGCAGUCAAGAGAUGGUAGACACCAAGGGUGAGAUGGGCAUAGCUGCAGAUGCUAGCCCUGUCGUUCAGAAUUUCAGCAGUGACGAGGGCCUCACCACCUCUAUCCCUUCGGAUGAGGAUGAUGAGGCAGUUGCGGUGGGGGAGAACUCCAGUGCCAACUACACCGACACUGAGACUGAGAACAGCCUAGCGAACUACAAAGCUUCUUGCCCAACUCUCCUGAAGUUACAUGGUGCUUGCGACUACGAUCUCUCUGUUGAUGACAAGAACUUGCAAAGACACACGCUCGUGCGUCUUGUGUGUCCAGAACAAUGCCAGAUCAUGGAUCGCUACCGGAAGAUGUGCCCCUCGUUGCUCAAUCUCGAGGGAGGUUGUGUCCAUGAUUUGGCGAUCGAAGAGAAAACCUUGCCGCAAGGGACUUUCGUGCGACUCGUGUGUCCUGACAAGUGCGUGGAAAGCACGACAUCCACAUCAAGUCGAAUGGCCACGACUAGCCAAGAGGAGCGCUCAAAAGCCUCCGAAAGCCCUGAAGCUCCACAGAAGGAGCCUGAGCGGCCCCCGGUGCCGACGCCGACGCCUGCGACGCCGGCGCUGGUGAACCAGACUGAGACCAUCAAGAUCCGACCUUCAAGGUGGCUAGCAUACGUGGUGUCUGUUGCGGCAAUGGUGGCAUGGGCGGGUCUUUGCAUGAAGGAGUAUGGCUGGUUGCGCAUGUUUGGACGUUAAUUUCUGAUGCACUAGUUUGUCACUCAUGGCUGCAACAAAACUGCGGUCCUCUUCCCUGCACAGCCAGUGGCCAUAGGACCAUAGGAGCCUAGUCUCACCCAACGUACAGAGCUCUCAAAGUACAGAGAAGCGGAGCUCAAAGCGCAAACUCAACUCUGUGAGAUUG